UUAGUAUCUGUGUUAAAACUUGUAAAGGUAGUUGUAUUUUUCUCCCGCGCUUUUUGUUAAUCUGUAUUUUAGUGUUAUCAAUAAACAAAAAUUGCUUCUUAGUUGAUUUUAUGGAUUUAUUUUUUGGUAUAGCAACACUAAAAUUUUAUCGGGCUAUGAUUACGUGUUCUUUUACCGCUUUUACGAAUACCGGUGCAGCGAACUGAGUCAGUCAUGAACAUUUCUCAGCGCGAAACAAGUGAUCUAAAUUAGAAAAAAAAUACAGUAAUAUAGUAUUUGUGAAGUGAAUUAAUUUAUUUGAAUACUUUGGAUCAAAUUGAAAUUAAUUUUGAUAAACCAUGGCAAGGGUCAGCGUUCUACUCGUCUUGCUCUGUCAGAUUCUGACGCUACCAAUUCUUGGCAGCAGAAGCGAUGAUGAUAACCCAUUCUUGGAUCUUGCGUCCUCCUUCAUACAGAACAUGGCGGAUGGUGGUAGUAAUAACAUGAAUGGAAUGGCGGCCAUCGGUAACAUCGUUGGAACUCUGAUGCAGGGUGAUAAUGCGAAGAACUUAGGAGCACUUUUCGGACAAUCAGAUGGCGCUAAUGCUGGUGAUGUUUUGUCUGGUCUUGGCAGUCUACUAGGUGGUCAAGAUGGUAAAAUAGAUCCAGCACUAAUGGGUUCUAUGAUAUCGAUGUUUGCAAACCAGAUGGGAGGUGAGCAACCUAAGCCACAACGACAAAAGAGACAAAGCCAAGAUGGAAACGCGGACGGACUAAAUUUAGAUAGUAUACUAGGUCUAGCUUCAGGGUUACUAGGAAAUAAGAACGCAGCAAGUGUUCUUCCCUUAGUCAUGAAUACAUUAAGUUCCUUCACCGCUCCUGAAGCGAACAAACGCGCAGACAGUCAUAAAGAACAUGCCACAUUCCUACCACCAUUCUUGGAGAAGGCACACCUUUAUUGGGAUCUAUUUAUUAACUCUGAAUUAGGAAAGACUAUUUGGGAGAAAUCAGGAUUGAAGAAAACGAUGAAAGCGUUCACAGCACCCGAUGGUUCGAUCAGUUUUGAACUUAUGUUCAAGAACUUUGAGAAUCAUUCGUUCAGAAGACAUUGGAUUAAAACCGCUGCGAAAUAUUUGACUGACAUGGUUGUGCAUGUCGCUAAACCUGAAGUAUAUCAAAGAUACCUGGUAUCAGGUCAAUUCAUCGUUAACAGCUUCCUCGACGCCCAGGGUCUGCCUACAAACACUCACUUCAACAUGAAGAGGCCCACAGAGUCAAUAACAACACUUAUCAACUACGUGCUGCAACAUUACUUGGAUAUGGACACUGACGUAUCAGAAUACGUCAAACCUGCUGUGGAUUAUCUCAAACAAACGUUGAAAAUGGCACAAUCAACAUCACAAAGUAUCGUAAGUAGGGGCGACUAUAACGCGGUCGCCGACAGACUGACCGAUACUCUGAACUUGGAAGUUAUAGAGCCAGUGCUGAGAGUGUACCGCGCGUACAAACACUCGGUGAAAGCACCUCAUUGCCAAGAACAUCUCAUGUGCCUCGUCAAUAGACAUCCUGAUCAAGGCAAGCAAGGUCUGCCCGGAUUCAAAGCUGGUCUCACUAAGCUGAGCAGCCUGGCCGCCUCCGCCGCGCUCAGUUUCCAAAACGGCAAAGGAUUCUGGGAUUUGUACAACGCUAUACAGAAUGACGUCAACUGCGAGGCUAAAUAUCCUGCCGAUUGCGCUUCCUUCCACGAACACGAAAUGAAAGUGACCACUGAAGUUUAUCACAAUGAAUUAUAAGAAACAUAUAUAAAAAUAUAGUUAAAUAAUAAUUAAAAUAUUAAUUCAAAUAAGUAUUUAAUUAUGCAUACUUUAAAUUUAAUAUAUUUUAAAAGUUUGUUAAAUUAAGAAUUUUAUAAUAUUUAUAAUCUGUUCCUUUGACAAUUGCUCGUAGAUUAAAUAUAAAUAAAAUAAUGUAGUUAAUCAUAAUGAGACACAAGUCGCAAAUAAUAUUUUAUAAAAUUAGAUUUCAUAGUAAAAAUUAGUUAAGGCAUUUAAAAAAAAAUGUUUUGUGUCUUGUUUUAAAAAAAAAGCUGGAAAUGGUGCUAAAUCUAUUACGUUUAACAAAAGUUAAACAUUAUGAACCUAUCCUUUUUCUGUUCUUAAAACACUGAAUUAAAUAAAUAAAUAAAACUUAAGUUUUCUUGUAAAUAUGAUAUGUAUUUAAGAUAAGAAAUAAAAGACUUUAUUCAAUAAA